AUGGACACUCAAAUGGAUAAUCAGCAUAUGUUAAAAAAUCAGUUGCGAUCGCGAGCGCGCAAACUGAAGGUACAUGCGCAAGCGACUGGUGGAGGCCCUCCGAUAAAUGGAAUAACUGAGUUCGAGGAGCAAGCGAUUACAACUUUUGGGGCAGCAACGGUGGAUGGACUGCCGGGUGUUGCGACUUUGGGUCACCAGGUUUUGCCGCCGUUGUAUUUAAAUACAGCUGCUCAAGCUCCAGCUUCCUCGCCAACACCAACAGUCACAUCGCCUGCUCCAGCUUUUCCUGCUCUGUCUAUAAAUUUUUCUUCCUCACCAUCACCUCCAGGAUCAGCGACUGGCGUUAACAGCCAUGGCUCCAAUGGACACCCUUGGUCACCUAACAACCACGAAUCACUUUGCGUGUUAUAG